AAUAAAAUAAAAAUAAAUGUUUUCACUAUUAUAACUUAGAAGUGAAAUCACUGAAAUUGGUAGUGGAAAAUUUGGUCAAGUAUUUAAGGCGAGCACAGCUAAUAUGAAAUUGGUUGCACUAAAAGUUAUUAUUAAUAAAAGUUCAAAAGAGGAAAUAAAUGAAGCCGAUGAUGAAUUUACCAAUGAGUUAAACCUUCUUCACGAGGUUGGUUCUCAUCCAAACAUCGAUUGUUUGCUGGGAAUAACGAAAGAUUCCAAGGAUUACAUUUUGGUGUUGGAAUAUGCCAAUAAUGGAAAUUUAAUGGAUUAUUUGAAAGAAAAAUUUGCUUCUUUGAAUUGGAAUAAUAAAAUUAAGAUGGCAUUGGAUAUUACUAGCGGAUUAGAAUUUUUACACUCCAAAGAAAUAAUUCAUAGAGACUUGCACUCAAAGAAUAUAUUAGUGAAUAAUGGAAAAUUGUUAAUUGCAGAUUUUGGAUUAUCCAAAAAGUUGGUAGAUGCUAAUACUGGUUCUGUAGCUAAUAUAAUGGGGAUAAUUGGAUAUAUCGAACCACUGUGCUUUAGCAAUAAAAAAUAUUAUAAAAAAGAUAAAAAGUCCGAUAUCUAUAGUUUAGGAGUUUUAUUAUGGGAAAUUUCAAGUGGACGUCCUCCUUUUUCUAAUUAUUUAGAAGAUAAGAUGUUAACUUAUCGUAUUAGAUUUGAAAAUCUUAGAGAAGAACCAAUUGAGAAUACACCUCAAGAGUAUCGACAACUUUAUGAAAAAUGUUGGAAUGGUGAACCAAAGUCAAGACCCGAUACUUCAGAAGUGUAUAGAAUCUUAAGUCAAUUAAGUACUAAGGAUUUUUCUUAUCUACUGUCUCCGCAACACGAAGAAACUAUUCCGAGUGUUGAUAAUACUCACAAUAGUAGUUAUGGCUUUCAUAUUUCUACCAAUUUCCUAAGAAUUUACUAAUAAUCGGCCGUACUUUAAGUGGUAAAACAACAUUGUCCAGUGUGUUAUGUGAUACAGAUGGUUUUAAAGAAAACGGAAAUACAAUUAACGAGACUGAAAAUUU